UUCAUAUAUAUAUAUAUAUAUAUAUGUGUAUAUAUAUACCAUUGGUGGCGGGGCGGCGUGCCUGAACUUCUGCUGCAGCUGUGUUCUUUUCACCUGACAAUGCGCUUCUUCGAGCUGUUGGUGCUGGCGGCGGUGGCGGCAGGAGUGGUGGAGGCGGCGAAAGAAGAGAAGAUGAGAGAAACAGACUCAAACUUUUCUGGUGGUGGCGGGAAAAUAGGAAGUCCAUCGCCGCAGAAGAGUGACAACGACGGCAAAUUUUUCUUCGGCGCUCGCUCCACCACAACGGAGGUGGUAGUGUCAAUGGUCACGUCGACAGUGUUCUUCUCCUGCCUCGAAGGCACAUCCACGGCGGUGUGUCAGGGCCGCCGUAACAGGAAGGUGUCCCGCAUAAACCUCGGAAGGAUCGAGAAUGAUGAAACCUACUCAGCGCUAGAAGGCAGCCAGGUGGACAUGGCGAGGGAGGCAAGAGAUCUUAAGGACCAUGAGGAUCCUAAAGAUGACUCCGCCCCUGCUUCAUCAAAGUUGUUGGGCAUCAACAUCUGGACGCGGUAUCGCACCACCUCCACUGUCACCAUGCUUUACACAGACACCAACACCACCAUUCGCCUCUCCUACGUCUGCCAAGCGGGACACCUGCAGCUGCCGCAGUUCGCCUGUGGACCAACACCCCCUUAAUGUAUCAUAAAAAUCACCACGAGCCUGACAGUGCCAACGAAGGAUAUGUCCAGUGUCAUCGCACUCCACAGAUAAACUAUUUAUUUCAGCUACUGUAUAUUGAACUACUCGAAUGCAUGAUCAGAUACAUUCGCGUUGAGCAAAACGAUCUGUUAGGCCUGUUCAUGUUUAUGUGGUCCCCACCGCUGAUAGUGUCAAUCCUCAUCACUUGCUGUAUUUCCUGAAACCCAACGUAUUAUUAUUUCAGGUAGGUCAGAAAGGUGUCGAAUCAAGUGACAAAAUUCGUAUUCUCAGUAGGAGUCGCAUGUGUAGCAUUUUUCGGCUGAUCUGACGUUAUCCUGCCUGACAUUGUAUUGGUGGGAGGAAAGACAGGAGUGUGAUGACUACUAAGCAAAAUACGAGGUGAAGAGAGUCCAAAUAGUGCACAUGUUACCUAAACCUG